CAUUUGCAAAUUGCACACAUAAAACUUGCCAUUUCUCCACAAGACAACUAAAUUCAAAACAAGCAGCAAUUCAUCUUAAUUUUAGUUUCAUUUCUGCCAAAAGAUUUUCGAAACAAACAAAAACCCAAUUAUUUAAUUAUGUAAAAAGGAAGUGGUCAAUAUGCCAAUUAUUUAAAGCUGGGGAUUUUUUUUAAUUAACUAUUAAUUAAUACUCCCAAAAGCCCAUUUUCUUUUCCUUUAUUUUCUGUUCUUUAAUGGACUGCAGAAAGUCUUUGGCGCGUUGGAUUAUCAAUUAUGGCAAGUGAGAAGCGCAGAUCAUUCUCUUCACUUCUCUAGAAGCUACGCCCAAGAUUGAGCCUCAAGUCGGAUCUAAUUUGGAGGAAUGCACUUGACCUGAAUUAUAAGUAAUUGUGAAUAUAAAGUCCUGUUUGGUUGCUUCGUUGGCGGUGACAAUCAGUUCUUAUUAUUAUAUUUUCAAAGCAUAAAUAUGGGUGCCUUCUGCUGCUGUCCAUGCAGCGAUGAAUUUGAAGAAUAUGCUUAUACUGGCAAUUCAAUGAAUAGGCACUGCAUAAGCCUAAGAUUCUUUUUCCACCAGUUACUUAUUGGGUAUGGUGCAAUGUUUCAUAGACUUCAAGGCCGGCCAAUAUCUCCAACUCAGGGAGGUACCUCCUUGACAUCAACGGCUGUUGGCCCUGGAUUGCCAGAUGGUUCCAUAAGUGAUACUUAUGUCUCAUUGUCCAGGCCAGUUCCUUAUGAUGCUGAUCAGAGAUAUACCCGUUUGCAGCGUGAUGGUUUGGUAUCUAGGAAGUCGAUGACUCACUUCCAAGAAGAAUCACAACCAUUAAGAAGAAAUAUGAGUAAUUCUGGUCUGGAAUCAUCUGGUUUGGGGAAGAAAUGGAGCGGGGUUGAUUCUGAGGAUGACUUUAAAAUGAAUCAGUCAGAAUCCUCAGAGAAAGCUUUGGAAACAGAACUCAAAUAUGGACUAUCUUAUGUGCAACAGCCUUCUGAAGAUGAAGAUGUCUGCCCUACAUGUCUUGAUGAUUAUACUCCAGAUAAUCCUAAAAUAACGACAAGAUGCUCUCACCAUUUUCAUCUUGGUUGUAUUUAUGAAUGGUUGGAAAGGAGUGAAAAUUGUCCAAUUUGUGGCAAGGAGAUGGAGUUUUGUGAAAGCCCUUAAGUUGGUAUAUAUCUGAUUGCUAAGUGAUGGAGCAUGAGCUGGCUGGAGAGUCUGUAAAUAAAAGCUCUCUGUUCUCGUUAACAUUCUUGAAUAGGUAAAGUGAUUGUUCAUUAUAUCUACUUUCGAAUUUCCUUGUAAUUUUCUGUUGAACUCAGUAAGUGCUUUUUUUUUUUAAUAGAAAACUACUUGGGGAAAAAUGCUUGUUGUUUAAUAGAAUCCAACAGAUCAGUGUAAAGUUAUAUCAACUGAUUGUAAACGUUUUAGUCAUGCAAUCAUAUUAUUGAUGCAUGCUGAAAAUAUUAAUUGCAAUAUAUGCUUCUGGUUCUUUUUUCUGGUUU